CAGCAGGGUAGUGCGCUCGGCGCGCGGCCAGCGCGGCUCCCCUCCCCGCUCCUCCUCCCGCCGGGCCCGCAGGGGACAGCGACACUCGCCAGGCGCCUCCGUCCCGGCGCUGCCCCGCGCCCCCGCCGCUCGAUAAGCAGCUCCUGAGGACUGAAGUACCUGCCCAGGGAACACCUGCUCCUGAGGUGCUCAGGCAUGGCUGACCUGGACCACUCCCUGAGCCUGGCCGACGCUCUGACGGAGCCGCCGCCCGACGUGGAGCCCGAGGUGAAGAGGGACUUCAUUGCCACGCUGGAGGCUGAGAAGUUUGAUGACGUGGUGGGGGAGACUGUGGACAAGACAGACUACGUGCCCCUGCUGGAUGAUGAGGACGAGGCCAGGCCUGGCAGCCAGGAGCCCAAGAGCAAAGGCCACGUGGACGGGAUUGCCGUGGAAAAUUCCUCAGCCUCGGGGCCCACGGUGGUGGAGAACGGUGACCACGGGCUGCAGGACCACCACACAGUAUUCCCAGGAGAAAUCAUGGAUGAGAAGAUGUCCUACAAAGAGUUCCUGGAUCGCAACGACUCCUGGUCAGCAGAGGAGAGGGACCUGUGCUUCAAACCCAUGGACGUGGCUGACCCCUUCAGCCUGCACAGAGGGGACAACCUGCCGGAGCUGUCCUUCCCCACGGACAUGAAGAACGCGCCGCUGUUCCCAGGCCAUGCUGAUGCUGCCAGGGACAUCCUCGCUCCACAUGGAUCCAUGAUGGCACCUGAACAACCUUUCCUGGGGUCCCUGUAUUCCCCUGCAGAGGCUCUGGACCCGUCAGCCUUCAUCGGCCUCGAGUCAGGCACAGAAUUCCUGCCAGGAAAAGCAGUCCCUGAAGAAUACUGGAUGGGAGCUCAGCAGGACAUGAAGGGACCAGAUACCUCUUUCUUUGUUGAACCACCAGUGCCCCCUGCAGCCACAGAAGCCAUCAGGACGAGCCUGCCCGAGAGCCCCACGGCAGCAGCAGCCCCUGGGAACGUUCCUGCUGCAGCCCCAGCACUGCCAGCAGAGGCUGCAGCCCCCGAGGGACCAAAGGCUGCAGCUGCAGGUGCAGCCUCUGUUCCCGCCACCGACGCCGCGUCCCUUCCCGCAGAGAAAGCUGGAGCUGUCCCUGCUGGGGACACCAAACCUCCCCAAAGCCCUGCAGCAGCAGCAGCCAGCCCUUUCCAGGCCACGGAUGGGGGCUUUUCUCCUGCACCUGAAGGCAGCCUUCCCAAAGGUGUCAAUGACAUGUCCACCCCGGGGACAGAGCUCGGCUUCGCCCCGGCAGCAGAUGCUGGAUCCCACCAUGGGGUGGAUCUGGGCUUUGCUCCAGCAGCAGGCGUGGAGUCCCACCAGGCCAUGGAUUUGGGAUUUGCCCCAGCAGCAGGUGUGGAGUCUCACCAAGCCAUGGAUUUUGGAUUUUCCCCAGCAGCAGAUGUGGAGUCCCACCAGAACAUGGAUUUGGGGUUUGCUCCAGCAGCAGGUGUGGAAUCUCACCAGACCAUGGAUUUGGGAUUUGCUCCAGCAGCAGAUGUGGAAUGUCACCAGAACAUGGAUUUGGGAUUUGCUCCAGCAGCAGGUGUGGAGUCCCACCAGACCAUGGAUUUGGGGUUUGCCCCGGCAGCAGAUGCAGAACCUCACCAUACCUUGGAUUUGGGAUUUGCUCCAGCAGCAGAGAACAAAGCUCAGCAGAUUAUGGGCUCUGAAUUUGGCCCUGCAGCAGAAGUCAACCAUCACCAUGGCCUGGAUUCUGGGUUUGCUCCUGCAGCUCCAGCCAAGCCUGUCCCUGCUGUGGAUGGAGGGAAGGUGGAGGCUCAGCCUGGCCCUGCAGCUGCCCCCAGCAUUGCUGUGUCUGGGGAGCUGCUGACAUCUGAGGCUGCCCUGCAGCAGGACAAGUCUCCUGCAGAAGCAACAGCAAAGGUGGAGGCGGAAUCCAAAGUCCCAGAAGUUGCUGUGGAUCACUCAGAGGAGGUGAAGGACAGGAAACCUCCCCCGAGCCCCCGGGAGGAGGAAAUUCCCGGGAAAAGCAAGCAGCCCCCGGAGGCAGCAGCUGAAGCAAAAGGAGCACUAGAAAACAACAAAGACCUUCCAGAAAAAUCUGCUCCUGCUGAGAAUGGUGAGACGCAGAAGGAGGAGGCUGAGCACAACCACGUCCAACAUGCAGAACCUCAGGAAGGGAAAACCCUGCAGGAGCCCACAGGUCUUCCCACUGCACAAGUCAGGCAAGCUCCCAAAUCCAGGGACCGUGGGUUUGGCAGAGCAAAACCUGCCCCAGUGCCUCUCACAGAUGUGCCAGAGGAGCAUCCUGUAGGUGUCCCACAGCAGAAGAGUCCUGAGCCCAGAGCAGACCCCUGUUCCACACUGGAGCUUGGCUGUGCUGCUGGAGCAUCCCCUCGCUUUAGGGCUCCUCACAAAAAGGCCACCAAUGUCCCCACGGAGCCUGUGGAGAGCUGCAGAGAUCCCCCCCAGGAAAACUGGGAUUUGGAAGGUGCCAUGGUGAAGAAAAAGAAAAAGAAACCAAAACAAAGGAGAAACCAGCUGCCAAGAGGGAUGGAGUUCUGGGAUGAGAAUGGAACAGCCUCCAGAGGUGCCAGGAGUGCUCCCUUUGGGGUGGAGUGGCAGAACCCAGCCGUGUGUCCCAGAACACCCCCAGGAAGCAGAGCUCUGGAUGUGCCACAGGAUGCUAAAGUAACAGCUGGGAGUCACAUCCUGGAGGAGCACACGGCCUUCCCUGGGCCAGCCCCAGGACUGCAGGGCCCAAAAGCCAGCCCCAGGGAGGAGAUGGAGCCAGAGGGAAGGAGAGGUGACAGCUGGAUGCUGGGAUCUAAGGGCAAAAGCAGAGAGGUUCCCUCAGAGCAGGAGGUGCAGGAACCUGCUGCAGCCAAGGGACCCAACAAGGCCAUGGAAAGAGAUUUCCCCAGGAAAAAUGAGAAGAGGGAGGACAAGGAGUCAAAAGGUGCCGAGCUGAAGGUCAAUCUGAGCAAGGCAGGAACUCCCUUACAGACCAGCCCUUCAGAGCUGCCCCUGUCCCAUAAAAACAAGGAGCCCAAAACUCCAUCUCCAGGGCAGGAAGCACCCAGUGACUGUGUCCAGCCUUCCCUGGAAACAGCAGCCAAGAAAAACUGGGAGAAAAGCAAAGGGCUUGGAAGGGAACCCCUCAAACAGCCUCAGCUGGAGGCUGUAGCCGUGGGGGACAAGCUCCCUGCAGAGCCAAAGGCUGCUGGAGAAAGUGAAAGAGGGUCAGGGGGAGGAGUGAGGAGCCCAAGAGAUGCUCCUGGAGCUCCUGUUGCAGCUCCACCAGAACCUGGGGAGGUUCCAGCUGGGCAGGGCAGGGCCCAGGGUGUCCCUGGUGAGGCAGGGGGCAGGGGGGUGGCAGCAGACCCAAAGCAAGGGAGAGGAGGGCCUGGCUGUGAGCAGCAGGCUGGGCCAGACCCCAGCCUGGCACAGGGCACAGACAGGCCCAAGAAAAAACGCAGUGAGGGGAGAGGCAAAAGGAUGAAAAGCUGCUCAGAGCAGAUGCUCUCAGAGGAUGGAGGCAAAUCCUCUGCUGGAGGGAGGACAGAUGAGGCUGGGAAGGAAGCAGUUUGUCCUGCAAAUGGCCAGGGUGUUCCUGCCAGAGGACACCCAUCAGGUGUGGCUGCACAGGCCUGCCCUGCAGACAAGCCCAAAAAAAGAGGCAGUGAUGGAAGGAGCAAAAAGGGGGAAAGGAGCUUUUUCCAGCAGCCUGUCCUUGAGGAUAAGAUGGACUCAGGGAGUUUUGCUGAGGGAGCUGAUAAGGUGAAGGAGGGCAGUGAGCAGGGCUGUGUCCCUGCUGGGGGCUUGCAGGAAGAUGCAGCUAAAAUGCAAAGGCCAAUUGAGCUGGGACCGGAGAAACCAAAAGAAAAUGCUGGGAAAGGUGAAACAGCUGAUUUGGGAGCUUUAGACCAAGCUUUGCUGCUGGAGAAGAGCAGAGAGGAAGCCAAAACUCCUGCUCUGGCUGCCACCAUCAGCCCCACAGAGCAGGUGGGUUUGGCUGGGAAAGGCAGGGAGGCUGGAGCUGCUGGGCUCAGCUCGGAUGUGCCAGUGCUGGCAGAGAAAGCCAGGAAGAGGAGCAGUGAUGGCAGAAGGAAACAGCCUGAGAAAAGCCCCUCUGGGCAGGCAGCUGUCCUGGGGGCUGGGGGGGAAGGCAGGCAGGAGCAGGUGGCUGGAGGCAGGAAGGAAAUGAGCUUGGCUCAGGAGAAGGGGUCUGGUUUGCAAAGAGAGAGGCUGGAGGAGGAGCUGGGCAAGCCCAAAACCCAGGGUGGCACUGGGAGCUUCUCUGAGCAGCCAAAUCUUUCAGACCAUAAAACAGAGCCAGAAAUAGGGAAAGGAAACUUGGAAACUAAAGGAACUGUGAAUAAAGGGAAGGAAGCAGAUAAAUCCCCAGAGCACAGGGCAGGGAUGCACAGUCCCACCAGGGAACUGGGUAUGGACAAACCCAAGGGUAAAAGCAGAGAUGGGAAAGGCAAAAAGGCUGAGCACAGUCCUGAGCUGCAGCCAGGUGACAUCUCUGCAGUGGGACGUGUUCAACAAACUCAGUCUGAGGAGAGCAAAGAGAAUUCCAGGGCUCCAGAGGUGCUGCUGGGUCACCUGCCUGAUCCUGCCAAGGUACAAGCCCCUGCUUUGCCCCUGGAGCCAGGGAAGUCACACACAGGUGCUGAAGAGAAGCACAGAAAGGGGGAGCCUGACCCACAGCAGCCUCUUCUGCUGGAGCAUAAAGCAGGAGCAGGGCUGCUCCCUGCUGCUGGCCUGGAGAUCGGGGACAAACCUGAGGCAGGAGGUGCCAGUCCUUGCAGCAGGAAUAAAAAUCCUAUUGCAGAGCAUCCAGCAGUGUCAGAUCCCAGCCUGGCCCCAGUCCCUGAGAGAUCUAAAAAGAGGGGCCAUGAUGGAAGCAGUAAAAAGGCUAAAAAUGCCUCCAGGCAGCCUGUUCCUCUGGAGGCAAAAGCAGACAGGAGUGAAGCACAGCCUGCCGUGGGAGCUGGGCUGGAAUGUGGGGUGGAAGACACAGAUCUUGUAGAUGAAAACAGAAACAUUAAAAACUUUCCCACUGGCCCUCAAAGUCUUGGGAAUAAUAAAGGGAGUGACUUCAAAUCCAUGUGUCAGACCCCAGCAAGUGGCCCUGGGGAUGGGGGUGAUGCUCCCUGUGGCCUCCCAAAGCAGGGAGGGGGGGGUGCAGGGACUGGGGGCCUUCCUCCUCCUCCUCCUCUGGAAGCAGUGGCAGAGAAAAGCAGCAAAGAGCCUGCACUUGGUGCUAAGAAGGAGAUGCAGACCCAGAGAUCUCGUGAGCAGCCCAAAGAACGUGGAAAAGAGGUUUCCCAAAAAGGUGGGGAGAGCAGAGAGGCUGCUUCCCAGGGUGGCCAGCCCGAGGACAAAAAUCACCUUUGUCCCAUAGCAAAGGUGGAUGAUAAAGAAAUAAAACCCUCUGAUACAAAGCACAACACUGCCAAGGCUCCCUCAGAGCUUCCUCACGAGGCCCCAGAUCCAAAACACAGAGCAGAGAAGGGCUCAGGGAGGUCCCCAGCCCCUGCAGGGACACCUGGCAGCACAGGGAGCAUUUCCCCAGCCCCUGCAGGGACACCUGGCAGCACAGGGAGCAUUUCCACAGCCCCUGCAGGGACACCUGGCAGCACAGGGAGCAUUUCCCCAGCCCCUGCAGGCAAGGCUGGAGGGGCUGAGCAGGGCAGGGACACGAGGAACGAGCAGAGCUCACCCCAACAGCAGGGCACUGAGCCUGAGACUGCCCAAACUACCCAAAACCAGCCCAGAGAGAACAAAAAAGGUCCCUGCCAGCCUGCAGAGGAGGGCCCUGCUCUCCUGAAGGAUGGUGCUCCUCCUGUUGGGGAGGUUCUCCUGAAGGACACUCCAGUGUCAAAGUCUGAGGGGGAUAAACCUCAAGAGAAAACCAAGGAAAAGGAUUCUCAAGCCAAAACCAAAGAAAAGGAGUCUCAGGACACAAAUAAAGCAAGAGAAACUCAAGAUACAACUAGAGAAUCUCAAGACACAACCAAAGAGAAGGAAUCUCAAGAAGUAACUAAAGAAAAGGAGUCUCAGGACACAAUUAAACAAAAGGAAUCUCGAGAAGUAACUAAAGAAAAAGAAUCUCAAGACACAGCCAAAGAGAAGGAAUCUCAGGACACAACUAAAGAGAAGGAAUCUCAAGAAAUAACUAAAAAAGAAUCUCAGGACACAGCCAAAGAGAAGGAAUCUCAGGACACAACUAAAGAGAAGGAAUCUCAAGAAAUAACUAAAAAAGAAUCUCAAGACACAGCCAAAGAGAAGGAACCUCAGGACACAACUAAAGAGAAGGAACCUCGAGCCCCAGCUAAAGAGACAGAAGAAGAACGUGAGCAGAAAGUGGUGAAAGAGGCAAAGAAAGAGAGAGUGAAGGCAGCAGAGCAGCUCAAGGGCUACAUGAGACCCACCAAGGCCCGAGGGGUGCCAGCCCUGGUGCCAGCCCUGGCGGGCAGAGCCGCGCCCCGGCGGCUGGACAGAGCCAAGGCAGAGGAGGCCAAGGCAGCCGAGGCCGUGAGUGGGAACGACAUCACAGCUCCUCCCAACAAGGAGCUGCCCCCCAGCCCCGAGAAGAAGAGCAAGGCUGCUGCAUCCUCCUCCACUGCCAAGGCGGCGGCAGCGAGAGCCAAGCCCUCGGCCAGCAGCAGCCCCAAGCGGCCCAGCUCGGCCGCCCCGGGCACAAACAAAAAGCCCACGAGCCCCAGUGCAGCUCCUGCUCCAGGCACCACCUCCAAACGCCCCGGCACCAGCAGCACCCGUCCCUCCACCCUCACUCCAAAAGAGACUAAACCAAAGGUCGCGGAUGCGAAGCCCGCGGAGAAGAGAACCUCCCUGUCCAAGCCUGCCUCCUCCACGGCUCCCAAAACCCCUUCCAGGAGCUCCUCUGCUGCUCCCCGGACCACGGCGCCGUCGCCGGUGACGGCAGCGGCCGCUGCCAAAACCACGGCGGCCACUCCUCCCAAGAGGCCGACGUCCAUCAAGACAGACACAAAGCCGGCAGAUGCCAAGAAACCCCCUGCAAAGUCUCCCUCAGCAGAUGCCAGCCGCCCCAAGAGCGCUCCCGGCAGUGUCACCAAGAGCAGCGCCACCACUCCUUCCACCACGGCCUCCAGCGUGCCCGCCGCGGCCACCAGCCGGCCCAAGCCCAAAGGCACGGCCCCCAAGGCCGCCGUGGCCUCCACGGUGUCGGCAGACGCCAAGAAAGCGCCGGGCAAGGCCGUGGGCAGCAGAGGCAGCGCCGCAGCCGCGCCGCGAGCGCCGCGCCCGGCCAGCGCCGCCGGGCCCGACCUGCGCAACGUGCGCUCCAAGAUCGGCUCCACCGACAACAUCAAGCACCAGCCCGGCGGGGGAAAGGGGAAGGUAGAGAAAAGGCCAGAGUCAGCCGCCGCCGCGCCCAGCUCUGAGCCCAGCGCGGGCACUAAAGUGGCUCCCAAAGUGGCAGCAAAAGAGGGGGUCCCCAAACAGCCCAAUGGGAAAGUCCAGAUAGUCUCCAAAAAAGCGAACUACAGCCAUGUUCAGUCCAAGUGUGGUUCCAAGGACAAUAUUAAGCAUGUCCCUGGAGGUGGGAAUGUGCAGAUCCAGAACAAGAAAGUCGACCUUUCCAAAGUGUCCUCCAAGUGUGGAUCUAAAGCAAAUAUCAAGCAUAAGCCAGGGGGAGGAGACGUCAAAAUCGAGAACCAGAAGCUGAACUUCAAGGAGAAGGCCCAGGCCAAAGUGGGAUCUCUGGACAACGUGGGACACUCGCCGGCCGGAGGAGCCGUCAAGGCGGAGGGCGGCGCGGAGCCGGCGCAGCCGCCGCCGAACGGAGCGGGGCCGGGCCCGGCGCUGCGGGAGAACGGCGUGGGGCCGGGCCUGGCCGCCCUCAGCAGCGCCGACCAAAGGGAAAUGCAGAGCCUGGACACCCACAUCCAAGAAACAAAUUGAGUCUCACAAGCUGACGUUCCGUGCGAAGGCCAAGGCUGGAACGGACCACGGAGCGAAAUCGUCGUCUCCAAACCCCCCACCCUUUCCAGCAGCACCUGCCCCCGGCGUAGCACCUCCGCCAGGACAGCCUGGGCUCCGUCGCCUCCCCGUCACCGCUGCCGCCCAGCAAGGCUUGUGACCCCCGGCCCUCUCCACGCCCCGGGGCCCCCAGCUUGGCUCUCUUAACCCGGCUCUGCCUCUAGGUGGGAAGGGGACGAUGUUCUUGGGCCGCCCGGGCUGGGGUCCCUCGGCGGCCGGGCCGGGCAGGGCUCCCCUCCAUCCUCCCUCCCUCCCUCCAUCCCUCCCUCCUCCCUCUCCGUGCCCUCCCGCUGGCCCGGGGACUCUCGAGGGUCGCUGUGUCGGGGCCGGAGCAGAGCAGAGCCCUGGGCGGGCGAGGCCAGGCCGAGUUAACAGGGAUAAGCUGUGAUCUUUCUUUCUGUCUCUUUUUUUAACCCCUUCCCUCCUCGCCGCUUCAGUUUCUGCCGCCUGUGGGAUGCUGAUAAAUCCCCUCCACACUCGUUAGGCUGUUUUAACUGUUGACUUGAACCUUUUAUUCUUUGUGACGAAGUGUUGAUGAUUUAUCGUGUUCGAACCCGUGCUAAGUUUCCUUUUCUCUUUCCUUCUUUCCCGACCCGUAGGAGAGUAGGGACAUUUAACCGCUGCUGCCGUGCUGGCUUCUUACUGACAUAUCCAGCCGUUGUAACUUCUUUGUUGUUGUUUGGGGUUUUUUCUUUUAAUAUUUUAAAACGAUGGAGCGAGUUCAUGGGAUUAAGCCAUGUCCGGAACGAAAGGCACAGGAAUGUGUAGAGGGCAGACUUGCUGUGAGAGCUCAGGUGGAGCCUGUGUUGACCUCGAGAUGUGUAAUUGAUGCUCGAGAUGUGUUAAUUGAUGCUCGAGAUGUGUUAAUUGACGCUCGGAGCCCUCCCGGGUGCCUUCUGCCAAGGUGGAUUAUUUAUUAACGGCACGGCCGAGCCCUGGGGUUUGUCCCGUUUCUCCAGGGCCGAGGCUGGAGGGAGCAGGAGGCAGGGCAGGAGUUCCGAGGCUGCAGCAGGUCCGUGGGGGUGUGUGGGGGUGUGUGGUUCUUGGGGUGAUGGAGGGGGACCCGAGCGAGCGCCGGGAUGAGCAGGGCCUGCGGGAGCAGGGCAGGGCAGCGCUCAGCCGGGGCCUCGGCGGGGCAGCAGGGCAGGGCUGGUGCCAGGAAGGAGAUCUAACCACGCUUGGAGCUCCUCGUCUCAAAUGACACUAAAGAAACCAAGUGUAAAUAAAUUCAAACAAAAGAAAAGAAAAGUGUUCUUGGGUGGUCAAACUAAUUUAAAGAGGAAAAAAAAAAAAGGCAAGCAGAAUAACAAAACACUGGGAUCAAAGAGAACUGAACCAGGCGUGUGCUAAGGGGGGCUGCUCCAGGAGGGGACAGAGGGAAGCCUGCAGCUUCUCAUGCUUGUGGGAGUAUUUCUUUGGGAAGCCAACAACGACACGAUAACCCAGAAUCUGUAUUUACACACAAAGAUUCUUAUUGCACUUGUAUUUUUUAUAUUAAAGUUUGCAUGGUUUCUAAUAAAAUGGCAUUAAAAUGUACUAGUUUGCAUCAAAGUCGUCUGGUAGUUUCAUAAGUGCUUUUUCAUCUGAUUACAAAUUUAAACGAUGCAGAUUUGCACCUGAAAGGGGCGGUUAUAUAUACCCAGAGACCUCCCAGUGCUUCCCUUCCUCUUCCUCCUCCUCCUCCUCCUCCUUCUCCUCCUCCUCCUCCCCACCUUCCACUCCCCUCCGCAUCGCUGUGGUCCCAGCCGGGUGCCGUGGCUCCUGCCCUCCCUGUGUGUCCCCGGUGUCCCGGAGCAGCCGCCGGCCGUGGCUGGAGGAGGAGCCGGAGCCGCCCCGCUGCCCAGCCCUGUCCGUCCCCUGAGCCGGUAUAUAUCACUGCCCUCCCGUGACGCUUCCUUCUUGCUUCACUGCUAAAUUCUACACACCAGCUUCAGCUUGGCAGCCUUGCCUUUCGUUUGGUUGGGGUUUUUUUUCCAACAUGAACUGAGGGGAAAUCAGAAGGAGAGGAGAGGAGCAGGGUGAGCCCCUCCAGGGUGAGCCUGGAGCCUGGUUCCCAGGCUGGAGCCUCCUGGUUCCCGGCCUGGGAGCAGCCGGGGUGGCCUUGGCAGGGCUGGAGCCCAGCUCCAGGCUCACAGGCCAGGAGGGGCGCUGGGAGCAGAGUUUGUGUGCUGGGCUGGAGAUGUUCGUGGGCAACCAAAGAGGAGGUGGAGGCUGAGAUGUCGCGUUCCUCUUGCUGCGCGUCCUGGGGCACCCCAGGCCUCUGGUGGCCCGGGAUGUCCCAGGAUGAAAUUCCCGAGGUGUCCCGGGAUGGCAUUCCCUGGGUGCCCCAGGAUGAGAUUCCUGGGGUGACAUUCCUGGGGUGACAUUCCCAGGGUGGCCCCAGGAUGAGAUUCCUGGGGUGACAUUCCUGGGGUGACAUUCCCGGGGUGCCCAGGCGAGGUCCCGGCUCAGGGACUGCAGGAGGAAGGCAAGUGGCAACAUUGCACUUUAUCUUCUGAGAUUGCAAAAAUCAAACGAGCCCUGCCCCGCUGCACAGGGACAGUGACGUCACCUUGUCCCUGCACUGCUUUUUCCCGAUUUCCGAUGAUUUCCGAUGAUUUCCCGAGCCGGGCGGUGGCUGUGCGCGGUGCCCAGGCUGUCCCUGCCCAAACCCCGGCCCAGCUCAGCCCCCGGCCGUGCUUCUGUGCCACUUCUCUAACACUUGUUGUGCCUGUGUUUAGCUGACGAACUAAAUCCAGAUACACUAGUUUGCCGUGGUGUUUCUAGGACAGCUUCAGUUUUAAUACGGAUUUCUUUUUUAACUUUAUUUUGAGGAAGCGGCUGUACAUAUUGCUAGGCUGGGAAGGAGCCGUGUGUGGUGGGAAUGACUUCAGUUUCUUGUCUGGAGAGGUGGGAUGAGCUGGGUAGUGCUGAGACCUUAACGCUGCUGGGGAAGGGGCUGCGGCCGCCGGCGGCUCCAUGGAGGGCUGGAGGCAGCAAAUCCGGGGGGAAGCAGGAGCUGAGCUCUGAAGGAGAUGCAAGUUGAAUGUACACGGUCCUGUCCCGAGCUGGGGGUCCUGGCUUUGGCCGCACCGGGGGGCUCUGGCCGGGCAGGGGCCGGGCGGGCGCUGGUGGCUGGCUCCGGGCGGGAUUCGGCAAAGGCCUUGGCAGAGCUGCGGAGGGGCUGAGCUGCCCCGGGCUGGGGGAAGCAGCGGGGCUCCGUGCGAGCUCCAUCCCGCCGGGGCUGCGCUUCCCCGGCCGGCAGCAGCCGGAGCCCGGCGCCUGCCGGCAUAUCAGUGGCAUACCUGCACAGUUCUUUGGGCUUUUUGUACUGAUAAAUCAACAUUCGAGUAACCGAGUUCGUGGCUCGCGGCCGCGGCGCCCCAGGGCGCGGCUCCCACUCGGCUCCCGGCCGCAAACUGAAUGUAGUUUUUCUACGCUGCCCCCGCGCUGUCCCCGCGUAGUGUGCUGUGUGAGAGGGGCCCGGGACCCUCGCGUGUUCGUGUCUAGGCAGAAUUCCUGCUUUUCUUGGAGCUUGGUGUCGGUGGCGCUCUCGGGGUGACGCGGCUCGCCUGAGGGCAGCGCCGAGUCCCCGCUGAGGCCGAGCGGCCGUGGCGGAGCUCAGCGGCCUCCAGGCUUGGGGAAAUGUCCCCAGGGCCGAGCGGCUGUGGCUGGGACCCAGCACCUCCAGGCUCAGGGGAAAUGUCCCCAGGGCCUGGUGGCUCCGGGCGGCAGCGGCAGCGUGGACAGGGCUCUGAGGGGCUCCGGCUCUCCCUCCUCCCUCCCCGCCUGAGCCCAGCCCGGGCAGCGCUCGCCUUCCGCCCUCCUCGCACGGGUCCCGCCGGCCGAGGUGACACUCGAGGCCGCCCCGCAGCCCCCGCAGCCCCCGCUGUCCCUCCCGCAGAGCACCGAGCCAGCAGCGAGCGCAGUGAGCCGGGCUGGGGGCGUGCGGCCGGCCAGGAGCGCUCGGGGCAGCGCCCCGGGGGCGAUCCCGGCCCUCGGCUCCCUCCGCGGUCUCGGGAAGCCACUCAACCUCUCUGCCUCAGUUUCCCCAUCUGCAAAGGUGGGGAGGGAUUCAAUUUUACCUCACCGGGCUGUUGUGAGGCGCGAGCAGCGCGUGACGUGUUCUCUAAAUGUGACGUGUUGUUAUUAUUUUGUGUCAUAGGAUUAUUCCGCGGUGCCCGAGGAGGGGGGACUGCGCUGUCCCUGCGCCGAGGCGGGGCUGGGAGGGGAGGUCAGGGCUGGUGUGAGACAGCAGCUCCGGGGCCGGGGGAGCCCAGCGGGAACUUCUGCCUUUGUGUCUCCCCUCCCCGGGGGCUGUGAGAGCGUCGUCUCCUUAGCAACAUUUCCUGACUUGAUGUUGUGAUUCUUACUAUUGUAAAGGGUUGAAAUAAAGCUUCUAGAUGUUC